GAGAAUCCAAACGCAGUCAAGGCCGUGUUGUAUGAGAAGGCCGGUCUGGAGGGCCGAUGCAUGGAGGUUCAGGGAGACGUCUUCUCCUUCACCAGGACAGAAACAGACCCGAGCGACCCGGACGAUCACGGACUGAACUGUGUGGAAUCACUCAAGAUCCUCGGAGGCCUGUGGGUGGGAUACGAUGACGAAGGUUUCGAGGGGCAGCAGUUCGUUCUGGAGGAAGGAGAGUAUUUGGACUGGACAGACUGGGGCGGAACGGGGGAACAACUCCUCUCUCUACGGCCCGUUUUCAUGGAUUUCUCCUCCCCUCAUAUGAAGAUGUUUAGUGAGCCGGACUUCUCAGAGCGCGGCGUCUGCAUGGACCUCCUGGAGCCGCUGGAUAACGCCAUGAACACACGCUACGGCCCGCAGACGCGCUCCAUCGAGGUCCUGGCCGGAGUGUGGGUGGUGUUCGAGGGUCCCGGGUUCUCGGGUCAGCAGUAUGUUCUGGAGAAGGGUCUGUACGGAAGCCCGGAGGACUGGGGCUCCUCCCACAGCCGCGUCUGCUCGGCCGUCCCCGUGAUCCUGGAAAAUCUGGAAAGCUCCUGCCACUUCCAGAUGGAGUUAUUCUCUGAGUCUGGAUUCGGAGGAACAUCUGUCCUGCUGAAGGACUCGUUACCCACAAUCCCCAGCGGCUUCAGUGUGCGCUCCUGCAGGGUUCAUGCGGGCAGCUGGCAGGCGUUCAGCGGCGAGUGUUUCUCGGGUCAUCAGUGUGUUCUGGAGGAGGGUUUUUAUCCUGAUCUGAGGACGAUGGGUUUCUCUGAGCCGGACGCAUCAGUGCUGUCUCUGCAGCCCACGGGACUCGAGCUCUCGGUGCCGGCGCUGCUGCUGUUCGAGCGAUCUGGACUCCGAGGACGGAGGACGCUGCUGAAGACGGCUUCGGUGAAUCUGCAGCUCACACACAGCUGCUCCAGAGUCUCUUCUGUGCUGGUGCUCGGCGGCAUCUGGGUUCUGUAUGAGGAUCUUAACUUCAGAGGCUCUCAGAUCCUGCUGAAGCCUGGCGCCGUUCCUGAUUGGCCCAAACUCUCCUCCUGGCUGCGAAUCGGAUCGCUUCGGCCGCUCAUUCAGAAACAAGUGCAUUUCCGUCUGCGGAACAAAGAGGCGGGGCUUCUGAUGUCCGUCAUCGGAUUAUUGGACGACAUCAAACUGAUGCGUAUCCAGGUGAGCGAGGAAACGGGCGGAGCUGAGCAGAUCUGGACCUAUCAGGACGGUCAGCUGCAGUGCAAGGCUCUGCUGGACGUGUGUGUGUGUGUGAGUUCUGGUGGCCUGAUGUCUGGCAGUAGAGUGGUUCUCUCCGCUGAAGCCGGAACACCGCAGCAGCUCUGGAGCGUCUCGAGUGACGGGAUCAUCCGGAGUCACGCCAGACCGGAGCUUGUGCUGGAGGUCAAAGGGGGUCAGCAGUUUGACAAACACCAGAUUAUCGUGAACGAAUUCCACCCUGACAAACUGAAUCAGCGCUGGUCUCUGGAGCUCCUCUGAGCUGCGCCACAGGACCCACUGCUCUGCUGCGGAGCUGCGCCAGGGGGACCAGCGUCCUGUGAGGCAGCUGCACCAGGAGGACUCUCUUUCUCAUGAGAGCCAGUGGAUGGAAAAUGACCAUAAUCAGCUGGACGUUGUGUUAUUUUCUUAGAUGAACUCUCAGAUCGACAGGAAGAAAACACAUUCUUGAACAAUAAUAACUGUUUUCUUAUGUGUCAAGCGUAUAAACGUGCCUGUGUGGACACUGUAUUAAAGCACAAAGUGUUUAGAAAAUGUUUUUUAAAAAAGUUUGUUGUGUUCUAAUCAGUGAGACGUGAGAUCAGCUCUGUGCUGAUUGGCCCGUGGGGAUUGGCUGGCUGCUGAUUGGCUGUCAGGGGAUUCUGGUGUUUUAUGGUUCAGGAGCUCCAGACAGAAGCCUCUUCUCACAGUCAGCACAAACCAGACCAGUGCUGAUCUGCAUUCGGCCACGAGUUAUGCACUGCUACAAAAAAACAGAUAAUAGUGGAGUGAAUUACAUGAGUUUUUUCUUGUAAUUCUGAGAAUUAUAAAUUGCUUUUUUUAAAUCAAUAACUGAAUUUAUUACUGGACUGCACUGUAAAAACAACAUCCUUGUUUAACUUAAAAACUUAAUUCAUGACAACUCAUUUAUCCAAAUAUUGUCUAGUUGAAUUGUGUAUGUAUUCUGUGUAUGAGUUAUUAUUUUCAUGAAAAACAUGUCGUUAUGCAGAGUUAUUAAUUCAUACAAUUUAAAACAAUAACAUAUGGAACAGAAAAAAAACAUUCAAAAUAUUAAUAAAAACUAUUAUAAU